GACAGAACGCUCGCGGAGCGCGCACCGCGGUGUAAUCAUCGGCGUGUGUUUCCAAUAUUAAUAUCUCAAAUUCCGUCGAACUUUUUCCGAAAAAAACUCUUUAUUCUUUAUAAGAUGUCUCUUUAAAUAAACAAUUCGAGGACGCUUCGUGUGACAUGCGCAAAGCGACCUGUUUACGUGAAAUCGAAAUGCGCGCCGGAAAUCUGUUCUCGUGCAUUCUGUCGAUUGUGACUGAUGGUGAAUCCGUUCUUGUGUUGUGACCAUCGGGCGCGAAUUACUCUCUGAAGUUUAAGACAGUGAUGAUCUCGAUGUCGCACAUUCAUCUUUGAAUAUUUGCCGCGUGUUGACGCGCGGGCAAUCGCGAGUGCGCAGGCCGCUCAGCUGCGAAUUUAUUUAAAGUAAGAACAAGAAGGAAUGUUGAAGCACGUGUCAAUCUCGCCGUGGAGAGGGCGGGCAGACAGUGUGAGCCUCUCUUCCAGCGGCGGCGCGAGUAGCUGCGGAAGCGGAAGUCCUACCCCCGGUCACACACCACCGCCCUCGAGAGCGUCCUCAUGCGCGUCCCUAGCACCCUUAACAGCCUUGUCGAGCUUCUCUCCGGCUGAUACCGCGCCCCAGCAGACCACCAUCAAAGUUUAUGCCAACUGCCUGCGGCCAGACAUCGAAUAUAAGACUCUGAGCAUCACUUAUGAGACGACCUGUCGCGAGGUCGUGCAAAAUCUUCUAAAUAAGUAUCGCAUGAGACAUCGUGACCCCCGGUUAUUUUAUCUGACCAUGGAGGUGAUCGUGAGGAGAACCAAUGUGCGCACUAUCUUGCCGCUUGACGAAGACGCGAGGCCAGCCUUUCUGCAGUCCUGCCAUCCUCGUGGCGAUUCCAAGUUUUCCUUGCAGACACGUCGUGGCGGACUCAUCAAAAUAUACGACAGCGCACUCAUGUCCGGGUCUAAAUACAAGAGCCUUCUGGUCUCGGAGCAGACCACCGUAGACGAGUUGAUCCAGAUGUUGCUGAGUUGCUAUAGCUCUAAGGAACCGGUGGAGCAAUUUUCUCUCUACGAGGUCUGUGAAGGUGAAGAGUACCAAAGGAAAUUACACCCCGAUGAUUCCCCACUCAAAGUCACACAACGGUGGACCAGCGCGGAUCGACAUCUUCGCAUUAGGCGCAAUCCAGAUUAUAACCAACACAGGCGGAAGAGUAUGUGGGCGUCGGACUCAAGCAUCACCAUGGCGAUGUCGAGGCUGGAUCUCCACGACAGUCUUCCUAUCCAUUACAAUUCAAGAAUCGAAAAUAACAAUCAUUUGAGUCUACAUCAUCUCGCUGGGAAAACCAGUGUUACCGCUAACAACAAUAACAACAACAACAUUAUCCAUCGGGAUCAGCAUCACUCGUCAUUAGGUUCCAUCAGUCAGACGUCACGAAUUGUCGUAUCCCAUGGAACCGAUCUUCCGCAAGUACAGCUGCCGCGGUUGCAGCAAUUCCCACAGAGCGUUCCGUCGACGCCAAUCUCGUCAAAACAUGUGACUGCCUCCUCCUACGCCGAUUACGAAAAUUAUCUUUUUAUAUAAGAGCCGAAUCGCUUGCAUAAGCGCGAGCUUAUGCAUAAAUACGAUCGAAACUAAUAGAAAUUGCGUUGAUCGCGAAAGUUCACUCCGCAAAACGGUCAGAGUUACCAGAGACUCUCGUUGGAAAUACGAGAAAACUUACGUUGCGACUAUUCAGUAGCCUUGUCUCUUCGUGUGUAAUAUUUAGAUUUCGAAUACUAUGAGCACUAUGAGGCAUGAGCAAACGUGUAUCUUCGAUUUUUCUUAAAAAAAACGUAGCUUGCCUUCUUUGGUCACUUUUUAAAUUUCAAUUAUAUUGUUAUAUCUAUUUCGAUUUAUUAUUUUGUUAU